AUGUGGAACAUCCAAACAACUACAUUGUGUGUUUUUGGACUUAUUUUCGAGAUUUAUGGAAUCACAGAGAUAAAUGUUGGCGUUUUGAUAAUCGACGACGAUGACUCUCCGUAUAGCAUCAAAAGAACAGGCGCAGCAGUAGACUUAGCAAUAGCGAAAGUAAAUUCGGAGAUCCUGAAUUCGGAUUUUAAUUUAACCGUCCAUAAACAGCCGUAUGGUGGAGGGUGUACUGCAGCAAAAGCACCUGGAAAAGCUGCAGAUUUGUAUUAUAAUGAAGGAAUUGCUGCCUUAAUAGGCCCAGCUUGUACUUCUGCACUAGAACCCGUAGCAAGAUUGGCCGGAUACUGGAACAUCCCCAUAGUAACAGGACUUGGUGAUUAUGGGAUAUUCAAGAACAAAACUAACUUCCCCACUCUUACACGGAUGGCGUAUUGCCAGUGUCGCCUUCGUAAGGUUUUCGGGAGUGUAUUUUCCCAAUUCAACUGGACCGACAUAUCCAUCAUAUACGACAGAGAUGACGCCCAUGCUAUGACUAUCGGUCAAACACUAGAUGUUGGGCUGAAGAAGGGAGGGAUUGAGCCACACAUGAUCCAAUACAAUGGACAAUCUGAGCCCGAUUAUAGCAGUAUGCUUGAAGAGGCUAGCAGGCAUUCCAGAGUCAUAAUCCUAAGUGCUCCAGGUGACGCCAUUAGGCGACUUAUGAUUGCUGCUUACACAAUUGGGUAUACCUCUGGGGACUACGUAUUCAUGGAUGUCGAACUGUUUAAGAGUGAAUAUUGGGGCGAUCAUGACUGGAAAAGGAAUGAUACGGAUGACAGCAUUGCUAAACAAGCUUACGAAUCUCUAUUACGAGUGGCACUAAUGGAAUCCCAAGGCGUUGAAUUCCAAACGUUCUCAGAAGAAAUCAAAUCAAGGUCCCUGAGAGAUUACAACUUUGACUUUGAAGACGAACAGGUAAAUUUUUUCAUCGGUUCUUUCUAUGAUGGUAUUUUGCUAUACGGCAUGGCACUGAACGAAACGCUUGAUGUCGGGGGAGAUAUUCGUGAUGGAUGGAACAUGUCAAGGAGAAUGUGGAAUAGGACCUUUAAAGGUGUUACCGGCGAGGUGAUCAUAGAUGAAAAUGGAGAUCGUGACACAAGUUAUUCAAUCCUCGAUAUGCAUCCAGACACUGGCGAUUUUCAUCCAGUUGCGCAUUAUUGGGGUGACCGACCCGGCUAUAAUCCAAAACAAGGGGUCUCUAUUCACUGGCCCAAUGAUAAAGGACCCCCGGGCUCACAAAACGUCUACAAAACAGAAUGUGGCUUUACAAAUGAUUCCCCGGAUUGUCAAGAGAAAGAUCCUAUCAUAACAGUAUUCAUCAUAGUGAUUACAAUUUUAAUUGCUCUACUCUUAGUUGGUACAUUGAGCUUCAUGAUAUACAGAAAGUUUAAACAAGAGGCAUCUAUACGUGACACAUCUUGGAUUGUAACUCCCGAUGAGAUAGUAUAUACUCUAAAAGGAGUGGGCUUAAGUAAACAAAGUUUACUUCAAAGUACUAAUUCAAUAAAUACAAAAAGCACGAAUUCCAUGGUAGUAGGAGUUCAUCAGAUCUUCAUACCAGUAGCGAACUACCGGGGACAUAGAUGCGCCGUCAAGACGAUAGCUGUCAAACGCUUGCAAUUAAACCGAGAGACGCUUCUACAUAUAAACAGGCGACGAGAGCUUCAGCAUGAGAACAUAGCCCGGUUUAUUGGAGCCACUGUUGCACCACCUAAAUUGUUCGUCUUAAUGGAAUUCUGUGAGAAGGGCAGUUUAGAGGAUGUACUUGCAAAUACAGAUAUCAACUUGGAUUGGUCAUUUAAGAGAUCUUUAAUACAGGAUAUUGUAAAUGGGAUGUUUUACAUACAUACGUCACCAGUGAAAUGCCACGGGAAACUGAAAUCGUCCAACUGUGUAGUGACAGGGCGUUUCACAGUGAAGAUAACUGACUUUGGUUUGCGAAUGCUUUAUGAUGACACAUCUGUGAAACAUCUGGAACAUAAAGAGGAUAAUUCAGCUUUGUGGAUUGCUCCCGAGAUCCUGAGAGGCAGCGAUACUAGAGCGACACAGCAGGGGGAUGUAUUCAGUUUUGCCAUAAUACUCCAGGAAAUCAUAACCAGGCAAAUGCCAUAUGGUGAAGUACGCGACACACUUGACGUUAAAGAUAUUAUUGGACAGAUUAAAGCAGCAAAUCCAGUGCUGAGACCAAAAGUCGACCACACAUGUCCACACGAUGUGAAAGAUUUACUCCAAAAAUGCUGGCUUGAGAAUCCAGAUGAAAGACCCGAUUUUAAAUCUAUAAAUAUGAUGUUUAGAAAGUCAUCAAAAGGUACGGGGAAUAUAAUGGACAAUCUUUUAAAAAGAAUGGAAGUGUAUGCAAACAAUUUGGAACAUAUUGUGGAAGACAGAACCAGUCAACUGAUUGUAGAAAAGAAAAAAUCUGAGGAAUUAUUGCAUCAAAUUUUACCAAAAGCAAUCGCAGAGAGACUGAUGAAUGGGCUAGCAGUGGACCCAGAAUCGUUUGAUAAUGUGACUAUAUAUUUCUCAGACAUAAUUGGAUUUACAAGCUUAUCUUCAAAUAGCACCCCUCUUCAGAUCGUGGAACUUUUGAAUGAUUUAUACACAGUUUUUGACAGUAUUCUAGAGAAUCACGAUGUAUAUAAGGUGGAGACCAUUGGAGAUGCUUAUAUGGUUGUGUCUGGACUCCCAAUACGUAACGGUUCUAACCACGCAAAAGAAAUAGCAUCCAUGUCCGUGUCUAUUCUCGGGGCACUGCUAACGUUUCGGAUAAGGCACCUUCCAAAAGAAAAACUAAAUAUAAGAAUAGGCCUGCACUCAGGCCCAUGUGUUGCUGGGGUUGUUGGACUUAAGAUGCCUCGUUACUGCCUCUUUGGCGACACUGUCAAUACUGCAAGCAGAAUGGAAACAAAUGGAGAAGCUCUUAGAAUACAUAUAAGUGAUGUAACAAAGAGGGCGCUGAGUGCACAUGGAAAUGAAUUUACUUUUGAAUCAAGGGGUUCUCUCGAAGUUAAGGGAAAGGGCACAAUGAAGACAUAUUGGCUGAUUUCUGACCAACAUGGAAUGCAAGAUUAUAGUUCCAAUGAAUAG